AUGAACUGCCUGCCCGUGGAGGCAACGAUCGAGCUCGGCGCACUAUGGAAAUGGUACGAUGCUGAGCCGGAGCUGCGAUGCGCCGUGUUUACAGGCGCCGGGAAUAAAGCCUUUUGCGCGGGAAUGGACUUGAAGCAAAGACUCGACAUUAUCAAGACGAACGAUGUAGCGUUUGAAUAUCCGCAAGGGCAGUUUGCCGGCAUGAGCAAUCGGACUGGGCGAAAACCCAUCAUUGUCGCAUGCAAUGGGCAUGCUCACGGCGGCGGUUUCGAAGCGAUACUCAACGCGGAUGUCAUCUUCGCCUCGCCAAACGCAACAUUUCGACUCCCUGAAGUCCUCCGCGGCGUAUCAGCUCUCGCAGGAGCGUUGCCCCGAUGCAUGAUGCUUUUUGGCAACCAUCGCACGAUGGACCUGAUCCUCACGGGCCGCACAAUGUCGGUGGAAGAAGCUCGGGAAUGGGGACUGGUUAAAGAGAUCGUGCCGCAAGAAAAGCUGCUUGAGAGAACAUUGGACUACGCCGACGAGAUUGCGGCAUUGAGUCCCGACAGCGUCAUCAUCUCGAGGUUGGCAGCCAGGGAAGCUUGGGAGACUGGCGUUAGUAGAGCAACCAUGCGCGGACAGGAACUUUGGGCGGAGGCGAUGCUCAGAAGUAAGAAUGCGUCGGAAGGGCUUGCGGCCUAUCGCGAAAAGAGAGACCCAAAAUGGUAUCCAUCGCACCUGUGA